GUGAAAUUGAUCAAAUCAAGAAGCUCUUGGAAAAAGGGGCAAGUAUUAAUGCAGAAGAUGAAGAUAAAGGAACACCACUACAUGCUAGUGUUAAUGCAGAAGAUAAAGAUAAACGAACGCCACUACAUUACGCUGCCAGUUGGGAUGAGAAGGAUUUGGUCGAACUUCUCGUCAAUCAUGGCGCGAGUGUCAAUGCAGAAGAUAAAGAUAAUCGAACGCCACUACAUGAAGCUGCCAGCUGGGGUCGGAUGGAUGUGGUCAACCUUCUCAUCAGUUUCGGAGCUCGUGUUAAUGCAGAAGAUGAGAAUGGAUUGACUUCACUUCACGUAGCUGUAAAAAUUGGUAACUGACAAACAAUCCAAUCAAACAAUGAAUUUUUUUAAUG